ACCCGGCCGGCCCGACCUCGCCUACUUCAGUUCGAUUCUGCCCAGUUCGGUUGCUAAGGCCUGGAGCUUCCUGGUUGAGGAGGGAAAUGACGUCACGUCCAAAGGCGGGCUAACCAGACUCCUUCCUUCUCCCGAUUGGCUGUCAGGAAUUUGACUAGAUUCUAUGUCGCGCGGUUUCCAGUGUUAGCUGUCAGUGUCUCUGCCCCGCUGCCCUGGCCCCCCGGCUGUCGUCUCCGCUUGGGGCAGGACUCCGAGGACAGUACUCAGUAAGCACUUAGCUUCGGGAGGAGAGGUGAUUCGAAUGGUCCGGCUGUUGCCAUCAGUCUAGGCGCUGCGGCUGCCCAGGUGCUGACCUGAACCUGGUCCAUCCCUUUCCGACCAAAACUGUUCACCCACGGUGGAAGGGAACAGGCAGCCAUAUGGAGACACCACCAGUCAAUUCAGUGGGAGAGAAGGACACCUCUCAACAGCAACAACAAUGGGAAAAGAACUCCCGGGAGAACUUGGAUUCCACUACUCAGAUUAGGCAGCGGCCCCGAGACUCUCCCACUGAAAGCCUUGAGCUGACAGUGAGCCCUGAUCCAGCCAGCCAAAUUCUAGAGAAUCCUCAGGGGACUGAGAAACUGGCCUCUGGACUUGAAGGAGACUCUGAUAAGUCUCAUGGAUCAGCCGGUGAGAGGCUAGAGCCCCUUCAAGCUUCUGAUCUCUGGUACUGUCCCGAUGGGAGCUUUGUCAAGAAGAUCAUAAUCCGUGGCCAUGGCUUGGACAAACCCAAGCUGGGCUCCCGCUGCCGGGUACUGGCUUUUGGGUUUCCUUUUGGGUCGGGGCUGCCAGAGGGCUGGACAGAGCUAACUAUGGGAUUAGGCUCAUGGAGGGAGGAAACUUGGGGGGAGCUCGUAGAGAAAUGCUUGGAGUUCAUGUGUCAAGGCGAGGAGGCAGAGCUUCAGCUUCCUGGGCACUCGGGACCUCCUGUCAGGCUCACACUUGUCUCCUUCACUCAGGGCCGGGACUCCUGGGAGCUGGACGCCAGCGAGAAGGAGGCCCUGGCCAGGGAAGAACGUGCAAGGGGCACAGAAUUAUUUCGAGCUGGGAACCCUGAAGGGGCUGCCCGAUGCUAUGGACGGGCUCUUCGGCUGCUGCUGACUUUACCCCCACCUGGCUCUCCAGAACGAACUGUCCUUCAUGCCAACCUGGCUGCCUGUCAGUUGCUGCUAGGGCAGCCCCAGUUGGCAACCCAGAGCUGUAACCGCGUGCUGGAGCGAGAGCCUGGCCAUUUAAAGGCCUUGUAUCGAAGGGGAGUUGCCCAGGCUGCCCUUGGGAACCUGGAAAAAGCAACUGCUGACCUUAGGAAGGUGCUGGCUGUAGACCCAAAAAACCGGGCUGCCCAGGAGGAGCUGGGAAAGGUGAUCAUUCAGGGGAAGAAACAGGAUGCAGGGCUGGCUCAGGGUCUGCGCAAGAUGUUCUGCUGAUUAAAAGUUAAACCUUGAAAAAGACAAGAACCUGUGAAUUGUGGUCUAUGCUGUGAGAUUUUUGAGGGGCCCAGAGGGAGGUUUCAGCCCUUAUCCCAGUCCCAGCUUUUGCCUUCCUAAGGGAGGUAACAAUGGUCUCAGUGCGCCUCUUUCUCUUUUUUACCUUUAAGAAGCCAUAUGGUCACGUGUGCUACGUUUUAUGGGGCUUAUCCAACUCCGAAGAUGAAUAGAAGCCGUCUAAACUUCUAAAUUUAGGACUGGUCGGGGGAGAUGGCGGACCUUUAAAUCCUGGGAACUACGUUUCCCAGGGUCUGUCUCGCUUGGUCCUGUUUGGCGCAUGCGCAAACUUUACAGCCCGGUGCUGUGGAAGUGUCGUCUUCCUUCUGCUGUGCUCCCAUUGGCCAGGCCUCUACACCCGCCUCUUCUAUUGAUUCAUGUGCUCAGCACCCAGGUCUCUUACUGGUCGGUAGAGCU